GGUCCCUACUGGUGUCGGAGGAGGCGGGCCUGCGACAGCCACGUGACGGGCCUCCCUAGCGCUGGCCCCACCUGGAAGUCCACCGCUGCAGCCGUCCAUACUUGAGGCCGGGCAGGAGGACAUCCUGGACAAUCGAGAGUGUCUUCAAGAACCGCACGCCACAAUGGAUGCGGUAUGGUCACCUAUCGCUCGUACUUACGAUCCUCUAAAGGCCGGCAGCAUCGAUGGGACCGACGUCAAACCUCACGACCACGGCAUCGUCCGUGCUAUGGAAGCUACUUAUAAAACUAACAAGCACGUCAAAACUGACCCACGCUUGACGAUCUUUGUAGCUCGGCUGUGUCCAAGUACAACAGAGGAUACCAUCAAAGAGUUCUUUACUCAUUAUGGAGACGUGAAGAGCUGCCACUUGGUCAGGGACUUCGUCACCAGCUUCUCCAAACGCUACGCCUUCGUCGAAUUCUACGAUGCAAGGGAUGCCCUGGCUGCAAGCAGCGCAAACAAUAUGCUCAUCGAUGAUUGCAAAGUCUUUGUAGACUUUGAACAAGAGAGAUUGCUACCCGGUUGGAUACCCCGUCGGCUUGGUGGCGGCUUUGGAGGAAAGAAGGAGUCGGGACAGCUGAGGUUUGGUGGCCUCGACCGUCCUUUCAAAAAGCCCAUCAUCCUCGGUUCCAAAGGUGGAGCUUACUCAUUGGAGGCGUUUAACGAUAGAAGUCACCAGUUCCCUCACCGCCGUGAAGGCCGUUACUCGGGGUCCGACUACAGAGGGAGGGACCGUGACAGGAGAGACGAUUUUAUCCGCGAGAACAAGUUGGGCUACGAACGGCCGCGUGACCGUCAUCACCAAGGAGACUACAGAAGUGACCGCUCUGUGAAGUCCUACAGUCGACCCUACGAGAGCAGCAGUGACCGUCGGCGGAAGCAUGAAGGCCACUCGAGCCGGGAAAAACGGGACGAACACGACAGCAGAGAACGCAGAAGUCACAGGUCACCUGUUUAACCAGAGUGUUGCAUCUCUGUGGGGCACCCGUUUUGAAGAAAGUGAUCCUGGGAUCCCUAGCGCCUUGCAGUUGAUUUCAUCUUGCAGUAUCUGACAUGAAUAAAAGGAUUUGAUCGUUUGUCAUGGG